UAAGUAAAUAAACGAAAAACCCAAGUGCAGAGAAAAUGUCGCCGUUCAUGGAGAAAGUGUUGUUGCUGUUAGGCGUGCUCUGCUGCAUACAAGUGUCCACUGCCCUGAUGUGCUACGACUGCAACAGCGAAUUCGAUCCUCGCUGCGGCGAUCCCUUCGAGCCGUACUCCAUUGGCGAGGUCAACUGCAGCAAACAGGAGCCCCUGGAGCAUCUCAAGGACAGGUACAAGCCCACCUUGUGCCGCAAAACUGUGCAGAAGAUCUAUGGCAAGACCCGCAUUGUGCGCGGCUGCGGCUACAUUCACGACGAGCGCACCGAUGUGGAAUGCGUGCGGCGUUCGGGCACCCACGAUGUGGCCGCCAUCUACUGCUCCUGCACCAAGGACCUGUGCAACGGCGGCAACUCGCUGACAGCCCCGUGGAUGAUACUGCCUCUCGCCCUGGCCGCCGGCUGCGCGCUCCUGCUGACCUCCGGGCACACAAUAAAAGUCCAGAGCUCAUAAAUUUAGCUGGGAUUUAGCGCUUUCACACCUCCAAUUGUAUCCACUUAUUUUUGCCUUACUUUCGAUGGUUUUUCUUGGCCUGGUGCAGGUCCGGACUUAAUGCUCAUUUAGUUGCAUAAUUUAAUUUAAUUUAAUGUGUUCGUAAGUGUAAAAGAACUAACAAUAAAUUGAAAAUUAUCUUAUGGUCACGCAUGAUAAACAGCAAAAGAGCAUAACCGAACAAAAAAAACAACAAAAAAACAGCAGUUAUUGGGGGCAGUAAUACAAAUAAAUCCACAUUAUCCCUUAACAUUAUGUUCGAAAUUAAAAAAAAAAUACAGAGAAACUGCCAGUAAAUGUCUCCGCCUGAAAAAUUUCAAAACUUUAAUCCAGAAUAAAACUUGACAAAGCAAAAAAUAUAAUUAAUUAAUUUUUUUUGCGGCGAAACAUCUGAGAAGCCCAACAAGAGAAGAAACACAAAAAAAUGUAUAAUUUAACACCACGACAGAAUAGGGCAACGGCAACCCAACCCUAGAAGGUAACCCCUUCGUAUAAGCUAUGCGAAAACCCGAAGGUAAACUAAUUGAGAACAUCUAUAGAGCAUAGUAUUUGAAAUAAUUAGGAUUCCGAACUCAUAGGAAGCCAGAAAAAUGAUUUAUAUGUAACUCAAGAAAAGUAUAGGAAGGAAAAUUAAUAAAAAUAUAUAUAUACACAUAUAUAUACAUACAUUAAAUAGAAAGAAUGGGAAAACUAUUUACAAAUCAACAAGAGAAUCCAUAAAAUUAGCAACUAAAUUAUGAAAUCAUAUUUUGUCCAUUUUGAGCUUCAUACAAACAAAAACCAAAAUAGAAAACUAACAAAAUAAAUCUUCCUAAAAUUUGUCAAAAGACAAAAGACUCAUCAAACUUUAUGUCUUAUGCGCUAUAAUUUCCAUUAUCAUCAUUGAUCCGACCGGCAGGCCUCCCCCCAAAGACACACAGAUACAGAUACAGAUACAGAUACAGCAAAAGUACAGUCAACACAAAAACGGUAGCAAGAAAAUGAGCAAGGUGGAAGGAAAACACUAGCCAACACAUCACAUGACACAUUAUAUGACAGCCGUUAAGAACACAUCAUUUUGUGUAGGAAAAGCAAACUAAAAAAUUUAAUUAUAUUUAUACAUAUAUCAUCGUAUACAUAACAGAAAUUGCAUAAAAUAUAUAAAAUUAUAUUUAUUUAGUUAAAUAUUAUUAAGAAUUAUAUGGAAAGCUAAUAAAACUACAGAAAAAAACAAUAAAAAAAAAUAAUGAGAAAAGCGUGAGCAUAUGUAGAUAAACUUAAAUAAUUUUAAUUUAUAAAACAAAGAAAGAAAAAAAAACCAAAGACAAAUAACAAAACACUUGCCGUUGUACCGUAAUUAAAAAAAAAAUGGAGGAAAGGAAACCAACCAGAGAAUAAAAGAAAACAAAAUGCAAUUCUCCAACAAGUUGAAUAAUCUCAGACACGUACAUAAUUUAGAUUCGAUAUUCCAACUCUCAGAGCUCCAUUUUAUUCGUUUAUCACUGCAAUGCAAUCCAUGACAGAUCCAAAAACUUUUCAACAAAAUUCAAAAAUAAAUAAAUAUAAUAAAAAGUUUGAGAAACUCCAAUACGCAUUUGAGCACAUUCACAGAGAAACAAAACAUGAAAAAACACGCUGAAAUUGAUAAUACUCGUAUAUAAAAAAGAAAAGAUAACGACAUAAUAAAGACAUGAAUUGGCAGCGUGAAUCAUAUCAUUGAGCUUUGCUUUACCAGACACGGAGGCGGGAAGAGAUUCUAAACUAACAUUUAAACAUUUAAAUGGAAUACGAGUAUAGUAUAUGGAAGAGCAAAACAGAUACUUCAAAUUAUUAUAUGCAAUUGAGAUGUAAUAAAACAGAGUAAUAAUAACACCACAAAACGUUUGCAAAACAAGUUACUGCAACUGAAGGAAACAAAAAUAAAAACAAAAAUACAAAAUAUAUCUACAUAAAUCCCAAAAGAAAGUUUCGAGAAGUCCAGCAACAACAAAAAGAAAGAACACACACCAACAAAAUUAUGCUUUUUGCUGCGUUGCCUGAUUUGAAUGUUUUCUAUGUAUAUAUAUAUACCAAAUAUAUAUAUAUAUAUCGAUUCCAUUUCCAUUUGUUUCUUAGGUUUUUCGAACAGCAGCACACAAAAGGAAAUACAUACAUAUUAUGCAAACAGAAAUAUAACAGAACACAAAAAAAAAGACAAGACAUUAAAUGAAAAUCGAACAAGAUCUUUGAGAAAGAAUAAAGCAAAAAUUAUGUGAACUUGUUAAUUUUUAGCAUUUAAGUCUGUAAAGCUCCGCUUGUAGAUGAAAACUCAAUAAAUAAACUAAAUACAAAGGGAAAUCGAAUAAA